CAUGCUUUUAGGAAAGCCCUCCGGAGUUCAACCACGAAAGGCCAUGGGCCACAAUCCCUUGGAGUCGUCAAAAAGGCCCGGGAUCUUGGUCUUACCUGUGGACAUCUAUUCCCCAGAAGUUCUUAAAGACCUGCGGAACCCCAUACCCCAGGGAAAAUCCCCGCAUCUGGUCCACCGGCGUUCCCAUUGAGUUUGCCGUCAGGGUACUGUGGGAAGUUAAGAUUGUUUGAGAUUUUAUAAAGUGAUCAUCAUGCGUCUCUCUCCAGCAUGGUACCAGUUUCUGGUGGGCGUUUUCGCCUCGCUAGGAUCGUUCCUUUAUGGAUAUGAUCUGGGUGUUAUUGCGGAGGUUAUUGCCUGCAAAUCGUUCGAAAGCAAGUUUGCAGCAGAUGACACGCAAACCGGGCUGGUCGUAUCCUUGUUCACAGCAGGUGCCUUCUUUGGCGCAGCAUUUGGAGGUCCUAGCGGUGAUAUUCUCGGCAGAAGAAAGACCAUCGCACUCGGUUGUCUAAUCUUUUGUCUCGGUGGGGGCCUCCAGACCGGAGCACAGACAGUCGCAUAUCUAUACAGCGGAAGAUUCCUGGCCGGGCUUGGCGUCGGAUUCCUAACUAUGAUCAUCCCUCUAUACCAAGCCGAAAUCUGUCAUCCUGACAUUCGAGGCCGAGUGACCGGUUUACAGCAAUUUAUGCUAGGUGUUGGUUCGCUAUGCGCUGCGUCUAUUUCCUAUGGCACGUACGUUGGAUUUGAACCAACAAACAAUGCUCAGUGGCAGGUCCCACUUGGACUACAAGUGGCUCCCGCCGUGUUUUUGGGCGUCUUGAUUAUGUUCUUCCCAGAGUCCCCACGUUGGCUUAUUGAUCACGGCCAUCACGAAUUAGGUCUGAAGACACUGGCCAAGCUUCACGCGCAUGGAGACGAGAAUGACGCAUGGGUUCGUGCUGAGUACAACCAAAUCCAGGAAAGCAUAACAUUCGAUCAUGAAAACGAAGCCAAAUCAUACUUGGACCUAUUCACAUCUCGGUCAUCGUUCCGCCGCCUCUUUCUUUGCUGUGCAUUGCAAGCUUCAGUGCAGAUGACGGGAGUGUCAGCCAUUCAGUACUAUUCUGUGACUAUCUAUGGGCAAAUUGGAAUCAAAGGAGACGAAACGCUGCGUUACCAGACAAUCAAUUCCGUCAUUGCUUUAAUAGCUCAGUUCCUCUGUAUGAUGUUCAUUGAUCGUUUCGGUAGACGGCGGAGUCUGAUCUUUGGCAAUCUGGGUAACUGCCUCACUUUCAUCAUUGCAUGCAUCCUCCUGGCAAGGUUUCCCCCAGAGGACAAUAACACGGGGGCCCAUUGGGGCUUUAUUAUUAUGACAUGGUUGUACAAUUUCUGUUUCUCUUGCACCUGCGGUCCCCUAUCGUGGAUCAUUCCGGCGGAGGUUUUCGAUACCAAAACUCGUUCGAAGGGUGUCUCAAUCGCUACCAUGACCUCCUAUGCAUUCAACACCAUGAUUGGCCAAGUGACACCAAUUGCAAUGGAGAAUAUUCGUUACCGAUAUUACUUUCUCUUCAUCAUCUGUAACUUCACCAACGCAGUUUUCUUCUGGUUGUUGCUGCCUGAGACGAAGAAAUUGCCGCUCGAGGAGAUGAACUAUCUUUUCUCCAAUUCUCCAUGGAUUGUGGUAGGAACCAAAAAGGACGACUACAUUCCCCAUGACUUGGAACGCAAAGUUGAGGAGCAAGAAGUGAAGCAGGAGGCUUUUGCAACGCACAAGGAGUGAAGCUUUUAAUGGCUCCACGAGAAUAGAGGGAAGAUGAAGACGAAUUAACGAAAGAUAGGGUGAGAGGGAGCAGGACAAUGGCCGUGGGCGGGGAGUAUAUAAGCAUUGGAUUGUUGCGUUUUGGUCUUUGAUGAUAUAAUCUUCUAUCUUUGCAUACACUGGAGAUAUGAUAAUGACGUUGGUUCUUCAAGGACAUUAGACAAUCAUAUAUAGUAAAUAGGAUUGAAGUCAUCGACUAUUGUGUGAGUUAG